CUUUACUCUGUGGAUCUUUCACUGAAUCCCGAGCCUGGAUGGCUCCCCAGGGGUCAGGGACUGGGGUCCUGCCGCUCCUGGGUCCUGUGUCCCUCCAGGCCCUGUGUGAUCGAAGGCUCCAGCUGGGGUCAGGAGCCCCCAGCAGGCUGUGAGCCACCGCCGUGCUGCAGCAGGACGGCUGAGGGGCAGGGCAGCCCUGUGGCCGAGCUGGCCCGAGCGCUGGACUGGACUUACUGCAGAGGGUUAAAAUCCAGGCUGCCCCCCUCAACCUGGCGCCCAGGCCCACCUAGAACCCCUACCUUAGCCACAGCCGCACCCCUCUCCAUCCCUACUGCCCUGUUCUUCCUGACUCUGACUUCCAACCAGCCAUCUGUCUGUCCGUCCAGCUGGGCACUCCUCACUCCUUUCUGGAGGACCCAGGAGAGGCCCAUCUCGGCCUCAGGCUGGCAGUGAGGCCCGCCCAGCCCUGCAGACCCAGGACUCCCCGCCUCUCCUGUGGGACUCAGCUGAGGCAAGAGAGGCCCUGCUGCUUCCAGGACCCGAGAAGCAGGGUGUCCCCUGGCCCCGUCUCCGCAGUGCUGAUCUGCCAGCCUGCGGUGCCCUAGGGGACCCUGGCGCCCAGCCUGAGCCUUGGAUGAGGGCCAUGGGUCCCCUGGGCACGCUGGUCUUGGGAAAGGGGGCGCGGGUGUGGCAGAGACCACCUGGCCUGGGGAGGCAGGGCCUGGCACUGGGGAGAAGUGGUGGAAGGCCUGGGCACCCCACCCUCGUGCUCGGCACCCCAAGCCGGGCAGGUUGCCUCAUGAGCCGGCUCUCCCAGGGGCUAAGAAUAGGUGUGGGGUGGGGGCUGGUGGGGGCUGGGCCCGGCUGAGGCCACCAGGCUGAGGGAGGAAGUAGAUGGCUAAGGGCCCGGUCCCCUCCAUGAGCUCUGGGUGGCCACACCAGAGGGUGGAAGGUGGCUGCCACCCGCAAGCGGGAGGGCUCUGGAAUGGUCGACGGACAGACGGCCUAGCGGGGUGGACAGUGACCUCCAGCUCCUCCAGCCCCUCCCUGGCACAGACCACGUCGGCUCCCCGCUCUGUGUCCCCCACCUCAGCAGACUCGGAGGCUGGUUGUUGGGGGGAAGGACCCCGGGUCAGGCCUCUCCCUGGAUCCCAUGGCUCUGACCCUCUGCAGCUCAAGGGACCUGUGAACACCCCCAAGGAGCCGGUUGUGAGGCCCCUGCCAGAUGUGGGGGACAGCUACCCAGAGGCAUGUCCCCUGUCCGGCCCUGGCAUCCCAACCUGCUGCUGCUGCUGCUGCUGGCCUGCCAGCCGCAGGCCCUCUCUGCCCAGGUAAUGGACUUCUUGUUCGAGAAGUGGAAGCUCUACAGUGACCAGUGCCACCGCAACAUGAGCCUGCUGCCUCCCCCAACUGACCUGGUCUGCAACAGGACCUUCGACAAGUACUCCUGCUGGCCAGACACCCCUCCCAAUACCACGGCCAACAUCUCCUGCCCCUGGUACCUGCCUUGGUAUCACAAAGUGCAGCACCGCCUGGUCUUCAAGAAGUGUGGGCCGGAUGGGCAGUGGGUGCGUGGGCCCCGGGGACAGCCAUGGCGCAACGCUUCCCAGUGCCAGAUGGAGGACGAGGAGCUCGAGGGCCAGAAGGAGGUAGCCAAGAUGUACAGCAGCUUCCAGGUGAUGUACACCGUGGGCUACUCCCUCUCCCUGGGGGCCCUGCUGCUCGCCCUGGCCAUCAUGCUGGGCCUCAGCAAACUCCACUGCACCCGCAACUACAUCCACGUGAACCUGUUUGCAUCCUUUGUGCUGAAGGCCAGCUCUGUGCUGGUCAUCGACUGGCUGCUGAAGACCCGUUACAGCCAGAAGAUCGGGGAUGACCUCAGUGUCAGCAUCUGGCUCAGUGAUGGGGCGGUGGCUGGCUGCCGUGUGGCCGCAGUGAUCAUGCAGUAUGGCGUGGUGGCCAACUAUUGCUGGCUGCUGGUGGAGGGCGUGUACCUGCAUGGCCUGCUGGGCCUCUCCUCCUUCCCUGAGCGAAGCCUCUUCACCCUCUACCUGGGCAUUGGCUGGGGUGCGCCCCUGCUGUUCAUCAUCCCCUGGGCGGUGGUCAAGUGUCUGUUUGAGAACAUUCAGUGCUGGACCAGCAAUACCAACAUGGGCGUCUGGUGGAUCCUGCGAGCCCCGGUCUUCCUGGCCAUCCUGAUCAACUCCUUCAUCUUUGUCCGCGUGGUCCACCUCCUCAUCACCAAGCUUCAGGCCCGCCAGAUGCACUACGCUGACUACAAGUUCCGGCUGGCCAGAUCCACCCUGACCCUCAUCCCCCUGCUGGGGGUCCACGAAGUGGUCUUCGCCUUUGUGACCGAUGAGCAGGCUCAGGGGGCCCUGCGCUCCGCCAAGCUCUUCUUUGACCUCUUCCUCAGCUCCUUCCAGGGCCUGCUGGUGGCUGUCCUCUACUGCUUCCUCAGCAAAGAGGUACAGGCAGAGCUGCUGCAGCGCUGGCGGCGCUGGCACGAGGGCAGAGCCCUGCAGGACCCGCGACGCAGCAGCAGCCCCUCGGCCCCAGCUAGGCCUUGCCGUGGCCCCUCCUUCGAGAGGCUUCGACUUGUGAAGGGUGGCAGCAGCAAUGGGGCUGGCCAGGACCCCUCUGCAGAGACCUCCUUGGCCUGUGGCCUCCCUGAGUUGGCUGAGAGACCCUUCUGAGUCUCUGCUAGACUCAGGCACCAGACAGGGCAUCACCGAACACCCCAGGAUUGGACACCUGGCUGAGGCCAGAGGGGCAGGACAGCUGGACAGUGGCUGCCACUGUCCAUGUCCCCCCUGCUGUCCCUGGGGCACAAGCCCAGUGGUGGGAAGUUGUGCAUGAACUGCAGGCAUGCCUGCCUGUUGAUCUGUCCUGUGCAUGUGGAAAGGUGUGUUCUCCAAUAAAGAGCUGAGUAGUGGC